AUGGGGAUGUGUAAUGUGGAAAAAGAGCAGCCUUUUGGCACCUUGGCUGUGGAGGUGCCUGGCUUGGGACCCAUCACUGAAAAAGGUAUUUGGAAGAUUACCUUGGACCUGAGCAGCCUUAUUAAGGCUCGGGACGAGGGCGGAGGGAGGCGGUGGCUAAGGGGAGGAGAGAGGGAGGGGAAGAAGGAGGAAGCGAGCGCAGUUGCUGCAGGGGGAGGAAGAUCAGGAGGAGGAGUCGUGCGCGGCGGCGGCAGCGGCGGUGGCUGCGGCCGCGGCCGCCAGGGGAACCGGGCGCCGGGGCACCCGGAGUGCGGGAUCGGAGCGAUCGCCCGAGCCGGGCCCAAGCUGCCGCAGCGGCUGCUGGAAAGUGUGGUGGUCCUGACCCUGGCCCUGUUGGAGAUCCUGGUGGCCCUGCGGCACAUCCUGAGGCAGACGGAGGACGGUAGGGGUGGUCGUGGCAGCCAGCCACAGCAGGUGACCCAGCGGCCAGAGGAAGGCAAGGAGAGCCUGAGCAAGAAUCUGCUCUUAGUAGCCCUGUGCCUGACCUUCGGGGUGGAGGUGGGCUUUAAGUUCGCCACCAAGACCGUCAUCUACCUGCUCAACCCCUGUCACCUGGUCACCAUGAUGCAUAGGAGCCUGGCCCAGUGCUGGCAUUGCUUGCUGCUUACCGUGGGCAGGUGUUCAGAGAGACGUGUGUGCACAUGAGCCUGCGUGUGGAACAGUGUCACCUGCCUCCAGAUACUGGUUGUUUAGAAAUGAGCCAUGCAACUGUGGUUAGAGAUUGACGCCAUUCUCCAAAUAGAGGCAUGUGUCUGAUCUUAAUGAAAAACUGUAUGAGGCUUCAGGGCAAGGGAAAAUCAGAACCCAGAACCUUCAUCUAGCAGAAGCAACAAAGGCCCAAAAAUAAUAUGCCAGUCCAGUGGGAGAGGUCAAUUUGUCUUGGAAAAUAUUGCAGAGACAGAGAAACAGUGCUGGAUUGUGCGUUAGUCAGACCUGUGUCUUGGUUGUAGGUUCAUUACUAAUUGGUUGACAGAACUGAGUAGUUUUGGCUGGUCAGAGAGCCUGCUGUGCCUUAGCUUUCUUAUAGACUAAAACAUACACUGUGCUAGUUAAACAUGGAGGCUCUGUAGCCUUCCUAACCAGCCUCAAAUCCCAGUCCUGCUGCUUUCCAGCUUGGGUGAGUUGAUUGGCAU